AUGACCCGCAGCACGCGAUCAUCCUUCGACAGCGACUUCUCUCUCUCUUCGGACUCGGAAUCGCAAUGCCGCCAAACCUGUCGCCCCCGAAGUCCCAUCCAAACUCUAAAAUACCUCUCUUUCCUCACCCUCAGUCUAUCCCUAAUUUUCUACCUCACACACACCACCGCAUCCCCGGCGCCCUCCCCGCCCUUCCUCCCUUCAACCCCAUUCCAAGCCUCAAACCCCUCUCCACAGGAUACCAAGUUCCCAUCCAAAAUCGGCAAAGCAACCGCCUCCUUCGGCCCCCACGACCCCACCUACGAAGCCGCCAUCUCCUCGCACCACCCCCACGAUGCCCUCCACGGGUACCCGCACUUCAUCCUCCGCGAACGCAUGCUCCCCGGCCUCUGGUCCAAACACGCCUUCCUCCUCACCCUCAUCGGCACCGAACUCUCCAAACCCGCCGACCACCGACUCCACUGGAUCUUCUGGCACGACCGCGACACUAUCCUCAUGAACCCAAACAUCCCACUUGAAAUCUUCCUACCCGCGCAACAGAAGGAGGUCGGACGCAACAAGACGGGCAGCGACGUGAACUUGAUAGUUACAAACGACCGACACGGACUCAACAACGGAGUGUUUUUCCUACGGGUAGGCGAAUGGGCGGUACGGUUCCUAAGCGCGAGUUUGAGUUUGAAAGAGUGGGAUGCCAAUGUCCAGCUCAAGUAUUCGGAGCAAAGUGCCAUGGAGAUUGUAGGGGAAAGGCCACAUUUCUCACAAAACAUCUUUCACGUCCCUCAACGAUGGUUCAAUGCUUACCCGCCCCCUUCUACCACCACCACCACCACCACCACCACCACGACUUCUGCGCCAGUAGCAGCACCAUCCGCCGCACGCAAGGGUUCACUGCUCAUUCACUUUGCGUCGAAUCGCGAUGGGAAGCGGCCGGAGCGCAUGGCGCAGUGGCAGCGCGUCGCGGGAUCACCUGGUAACGAAUGGAACAAGCCGCUGAACGAAACACGAUAUGUGUCCGAGAUCGCAGAGUUCUGGGAGAGGCUGGGUGAAGGGGAGGAGGAAGGCGUGGUGGUGAGUGAUAUAGGGGGUAGGACGUGGGAUUGA